AUAUAAACACGGCAACCAGAAGGGGUUUAAUCCACAGAGCGAGUGAGAGAGAGGAAGAUCAGAAAAGUAAACAAUUAGAUUUGUGGAGGGAAGAAUCUGAUUAAAGCGUAAGAAAGAGAGAUGGAAAUGAAGUUGAAGGGUUUGAUGAUUGUGGGGAUUGUGGGGAUUGUGAUGAUGUGUAUGGUAGUGCAGGGUGAAGCGGCGGGUAUGACGUGCGGGAAAGUGGCUUCAUCAGUGUCGGGAUGCAUCGGUUAUUUGAGAAGCGCACAAGGACAGGUUCCACAAGUAUGUUGUAAUGGGAUUAGGUCCCUCAACAGCCAAGCCUCCACCACUGUCGAUCGCCGCAUAGCUUGCAACUGCUUGAAGGCUGCUGCAGGGUCCAUCGAGGGCAUCAACUAUGGCGCUGCCGCUUCCCUUCCCAGCAAGUGUGGUGUCUCUGUUCCUUACAAGAUCAGCCCCAGCACCGACUGCGCCAAGGUGAACUAAAUGAAUGGUAAUCGUGUAAUCAUCCUCCACCGCACCCAUCUACUGCCUCAUUAUUAUGAUUAUAGUUAAUUAUGAUUAUUAUAUUAGUGGUCUCCAUGGGUAGCUUAAUUAGCUUAGAUUUGAAUCUACCUAAAUACCAAUAUAAUAAACAGCAUGGGAUACUUUGUUGUUUGAUAUCCUAUGCUUCUUCUUUUUUCUUCUACUACGUCUACUGUGUUGUGUGUAUGAGUAUGAGAUUCCAAUGAUUUAUAUCAUUGCGAAUUCCAAAUUAUCAAUUAUCAAUUUAAUAAAAAAAAAUUCCCUCAUUUUCUACCUACUAA